UUCCCGCUUACCUUUUUCUGCGUCAAGUUAGCUUUUAGUCUCGAAUGAAAUGACCGACAAAGUCUAAUUCUACGGAAUUCCGUAACGGAAGUUUCAUUUUCACAAACCAUGAUAAUCGCAUGUCUUUGUCACGUGCUAUAGAUAAUGAAGAGAUUAUUCCAGCGUCAGUCAAUCGUGGGCACAGGUUACAUAGUGUCUCGAGCAUAUGGGCCGGAAAAUAAGCAGGGAAGAAUUAAACGAAAAGAAACUGUAAUCAUGAAGAUUCAGCACUUAUAAAGGAGAGAUAUACGGGGCAUAAAAGUCGUGUGCUGUAAUCUGGGAGGAUUAUUCACCGGUGACGUACAGAAAGGAAAGGAAAACGCUUGGAGCGCGGAAGAUUUGUUUGACAACUCGCUGAAAAAUGGGAGAUCGUGGCAACAAGGUUCUACAUCUCAUGUCACUGGUAUUCUUAUUACUCUCUGUGGUGAAAAUAGAGAUGGUAUAUGGAAAUAGCGGCAUUUUAAAUGCCAUGAAAGCCGCUGAGGCCGAAGAGGAAAAGCACCGCUCUGACUGCGCUUCAAAGCGACGUGUCAAACGCCAUGAUCACGCACGGUUUCCACAAUCUCCACCGACAGGGUCGAAAUUUGGAAAUGCUCUGAGUUUACUUGAUGACGCAGUCGUGCGAUUUACAGGAUCCGUCAAAAUACCAUCGCAUCAGUUUACAGUAGACUUUUGGAUGAGACCCGAAGGUGGGCAGGUAUCGCCAGUGACAGUCCUCGGCCUGUUUGACGAUUGUUCGCUGGACAAAAAUGACGGUGGUUGGGCGAUAGGCCUGGAGGAGGCGAGUACUGAGCGAAGCCUGAGAGUCUUUUUUAGACUACGAACGCAAAGAUCAGAUAACGACACGAAACUGUUUUCUCCGCGCAGCGUGGAACCAAACGUAUGGCUUCAUGUUGCAGCAACAUUCAAUGGAAAGAAAAUGAAAUUGUACAUAAAUCAAGCCAAAGUGGGAGUAUCUUCAGAACAAAGCGGACACAUUUUCGCCGACGGCUUCGACUCGUACCCCUGUGAACACUUAGAGGCGGGUGGCGAUCGCUCAACCGGAGUGUUUUAUCGUGGUCUAAUCGAUGAGAUUCGGCUGUGGUCAAUUGCGAAAUCGCACAAGGAAAUCAUCAAGAAUGUUUUUGCCCCAAUUAGAGAUGACGAGCCAUACCUCGAUGAUGUCCAUCUUGCAAUGUACGAAAGCUUCGCUCAAAAGGAAGAGCUCAAUCGCAAUCCGAAGACCAGAUGGGUGGCUGUUACUGGCAAACCGGACAUUUUAAAGUCAACAAUUCCAGGCGAUGCCAACGAUUUUUCGGUCGUUAAGCCCCCGUGUGGUGUAACAGUUUGCGACAAUCCCGAGAUUAUCCGCAGUUAUGACAAAAAUAAGCACCUGCGAGGUAAAAAGCUUGUGCGAUAUCGAGUUGUUAACAUAAUGGAUGAUGACGGCACAAAUCCUAUGGUGACCAAGAAACAGUUGAAAGCGCAGCACACUCAUCUAAACCGAGCUUUCAAGCGCUACAACAUCACAUUCGAACUCAGCGAAUGGAACAUCCGAAAUACCUCCUUACGACGGCGCACGGUGACCUACCAGUGCGAACGCGAAAAGAUCGGUGAUUCGAAUUGCAAUCACCAGCAUUGCAAAUAUGAAAUUACGGGAAAUGACGGCGGCGACUGCGAUGAUUACAAAGUCAGAUGUGACGCCAAAAAGCGCGGGAACGGUAUUUGCGACAAAGAAUGCAACAAGUUCUACAACGCAUGGGAUGAUGGCGAUUGUUGUAACGAGAGUGUGACCAAUAUUUAUAAAAACUGCUUCGAUCCCAGUUCUCCAAACAGAGCUUACAUGAGUGAGAGAGAGUACAAGACUCUGGUUAAUCUGGACAAUCAAGAUUAUCUGAACGUUUACUUGGCUCAAUGGAGUAAUGACGACUUGCAGGGCCUUGCCACUUUUCCUUGGGACAAGUCUGUGCAUAGCAUAUAUGGUGGCACCAUUCUGGGCCUUAAGAAUUUCGGACGCAAACAGCAUUUAGACGCCCUUGUUCACGAGUUUGGUCACAUGUUAGGCUUGUGGCAUGUGCAUUAUGGCGUGACUGACUUAGAUUGCACAGAUGAUUGUGCAGAGACUUUCCCGUCACUCGAGCUGGGUGAUUUAUGCUCUGACACUAAUCCCACCCCAGCUAACAACCAGUGUCGAGAUCCCGUAGUUAAGAAAUCGGACAGGACGUGCGGUGUCAGGAAGUUCUUAGACACUCCUUUCUCAAACUACAUGAGUUACACAGACGACUCUUGCACCAAUUCGUUCACAGAACAGCAAGUGGCUCGAAUGCAUUGCUACAUUGAUUUGAUCCAUCAGUCAUGGCAGGGCGCCAUGACACCACCUUCGUUCAUUCCCAUUCCUCCGCGUGUAACGUCUAAAACGAAGGAUACCGUCAAGCUGACCUGGAUUCCACCGCUAGGCGUUGGUGGAGGAAACGCACUCAAGGGUUGCCAUGAGUGCCGCGAGGACAAAGUAUUUCAGCAAUAUGCUGUAAGUGCGUGGAGUCCCUGUCCCUCUCGUCCCAAUGGAUAUUGGGCUCCGCAUCAGGCCAUUGGUGCUCCUGACGUAGCUAAGCCUUGCAUCAUGAGUGUCGUGGGAUGGAGUCCCUUCCGUACGAAGUGCUCUGAAACGUUUAUCGAGUUUGGAUUCAAGGAAGCUGUCAUUCCAACUAAAUUAUCUGUAUGGGUGUUGUUUUCCUCUAAGGAUGGAAUUACCGACAUACAGUUAACCUUUGCGGAUGGUUCAGAAUUGUCUCUGGGGCACUUUACAGCUCAGUGUGAUGCCCCCCUUACAAUUCCUUUAGCACCUUACAGAUUAACCAAGAAGAUUUCAAAUAUUCGAAUCUACCUGAAGAAGGAAAUUUCCACUGUUAUUGAUGCCAUUCAGGUAACCUCGUCUGUCGAUCAUCCAAACUGCCUCAAGUGUGACCCCAUGAAGUACUUGGUGACUCGAGAUCCUCCCUUUCCAUUAGGCACCCCAGAGCGCGUGGCCACCACCCAGUUUGAAGACAGAUACCUAGAACCAGGACAGAAAUACACCUACACGGUUCAAGCUGAAACAAGUCAAGGUCUUCUAGGUCCACCCUCCCCUCCCUUGCUGUACUUGCCAAAGCAAGGCUUCUGCGGAGACGGCAGAGUGGACAAAAGUAUUGGAGAAGAGUGCGAUGACGGAAACCUUCGGGAUGCCGAUGGCUGUAACAUGCAGUGUAAGAAAGAAGACGUCUUUCAUUGCACAGGUCAUCCAAGUUUGUGCUAUCGCCAUGAUGGAGACGGAACCUGUGAAGACUUUGAGAAAAAAACAAGCAUCAAGGAUUGUGGGUUUUACACUCCUGAAGGGUUUGAAGAUCAAUGGGCUGCGUCCGUGACAGUAAACCCCACUUACCGUGAGAGUAGAUGCCCCCCAGAAAGCGUCGUGUUGGGACCACCGCCUUUUGACCUGGUUUGUCAUGGCAGUUUUAACGAAGAGUAUCAAUUCGCGUGGGGUCCUUGCAAGGGAAUGGACACCCUCUUCAGGGAUGGUAACUACUGGCUGGAGGUCACCUUCAACCGUUCGGUCGUGCCUGCUGCAAUAGUGCUUUACCUCGGCUCCGAAGGGAAAGCAGAAUAUGAUUUUAAUGACAAUGUCAAAGUUGUCAAAGUUGAGCUGGUGGACACGAAUGGUCGUGUCAUGUCCGCGGGAAACCAGAAAACGAACAUUUCAUGUAAGACGAAUCCAGCAGUCAUCCCAGUUUAUCAUGACAUGACAGAGCCAUUCUUUUACGUCCGGAGGGUGAAUAUCAGCUUCACGUCUCCUUUCAUUAGUAUAGCUGCCGUAGCCCUGCGCUCUAGAUCGCAGUUCGAUGUAGUAGAGAUGACAAGAUGCAAAUCGGACGAGGUUUUUAGUCCCCAUACACAACACUGUCACAAAUACGACUGUGAGAGGCCAUCUUGUGGUCAAAAACCUGUGGUCAAACAUGGCAACGUCGUAUGUGAGGGGACUGUUGAGGGGCAGACUUGUACAGUGACUUGUAAGCCGGGGUACCGACCUUCCAAACCUUUCAAGAUGAUUUGUUUGAAUAAGAAAUGGGAAGGGAUCAAUACGGCUUGUGUGCCUGUCAACUGUGGCGUGCCAAGAAUUCCUAACGGAAAGGCGGACUGCCCUCACGGUCAAACGUUUGGUAAGAAAUGCUCCAUAAAGUGCGCACCGCGGACUAAAAUGAGCCGAGGAGAAGGAAGCGUGACGUGCGAAGAAGACGGAAAAUGGUCCGCGCAAACAGCGCACUGUGUCAUGACGUGUCCCCACCCUGAAACUCCUGCAAACAGCUUUCCUCUCCAUAACGACUGCUCUGAAAGCAAAAGAACUCUACUUCCAGGCACAUCCUGUAAAUAUCAGUGUAAGCCUGGCUAUAGGGUGAAAGAGAGAGACGAGAGAAAGAUCUUCAAGAUGCGCUGUACUAAGAGUGGUCAGUGGACACAGCCUGUAUGCGAGCCUAUCAUGUGUCCAUCCAUCCCUGUUUUUGCCAUGUGGUAUAAUUGUUCCAAUGAUAACUCCAUGGGAAGUGUUUGCAGGAGUUUUUGUCCAGGACAAGAGGUUCACCAAGUCAAGUGUGAAGAAACUGGAAAGUGGAGUGAACCUCUGAAGCGUUGUAUUACAGCUGGCCAGUGUUCCAAGCCCGAAGCAGAGGGGAUCGUCUUUCAUUGCGAUGAUAACUUCCCUGGAAGCUCAUGCAAGCCUAGCUGCAAAACUUCCACGGAUGAUGUUGUGAAAAUUGGUGACGAAGGUAACUGGCACGUGUCCUUACUAUGCACCAGGAAACUCGACUGGUCUCCAGAUCCCUCGAGCUUGCGAUGUGUUCCCAGUUGUCGUAAGAGGUACAUGAAAGACGGUUGGUGUGAUUCGCAGAACAAUAAUGCACACUGUCGCUGGGAUGAUGGAGACUGCUGUCAAUCAACUACCAGUGACAGGAUGGUUCGCAUUUCGCCUUUGUGCGAACCAUUAGAAUCAUGCGCUUGUAGAGACCCUAAUGCCAAAGAAAAUAGGGAAGAUCCCAGAAGAAAUGAUGAUGACGACGACGACGACGACGAUGAUGAUGAUGACGAUGAUGAUGAUCGUAAUAAGGCUGAAGGAAGCGGGUCAGACGAAGAUAGACAUUUAAGGACGUCAACAUAAUUCUAUCAUCCUUUACGGACAGUUCUGUAUUCUUACAUACGAUUUUUUUAUUUUUAAUGCAAUCGAAAGAAAACAAAAAUCAUGAAGUCAGACUGCAUUUUAAGGCGAUAGGAGGAACUAACUAAAGGUAUUUCUUUGCGCACGAGUAGCGUAUGCCAAAUUAAACAAGACUCCCGCAAGGGAAGCUGAGGGAGGAUUUUAGGAACUAAGCACCUCCACAAGUACACAAGUUUAACGUACUUUUUCUAAUUCAGAUGCAGUCAGAAUGUUCUUCUUUGUUUCUUUUUGUUAACAAUGUAACAGUUAGAGUGUGGAAUGGGGUUACGAUAUUGAACCAAAGGGUAAAGACACUUUUGGAAUAAUCGAGUUCUUAAUCGUGCUUUUUGGAAUUUAAUUUUUGAUGACAUAAUGAUUUUGAUCCGACUGUUUGAAAGCCAAAGUAGAGAUAUAUUACGUUUGAGCCGGGCUUUAGUUAUCGGACCUUCUCUGUGUCACGCACCGUUACACUUGACGGGAAAGACGUGGUCUGGCGUGACAGAUAGCACACACAGCGAAGAGCGAAAGAUACUGUUCACCUUAAAUUGUCAUGGCUUCAUUUUCUGCACUGAUCAGAAGCGUUCUGGCUGAAUUGUUGAAAUCGACAUAUGUCUUUGCCACUUUGAACAGUCAUCUGAAAAUCGUGCCACUAGUUACCAUGUAACAUUGACGCGUAAUUUCUCAUUUAUUAAGAAUACGUCGUAGCUGACUAAGUGCACAUUGCACGAAACGACUUUCAACCAAGACGUAAGCAACUUUUAAGAUAUCUACUGAUAGGAUCAGAAGUAAAACGUGAGCGAGCGAAAAAGGACUUCGGGAAGACAGGGUGUGUAGAGCGGUAAAUCCGGACAGAGAGAGGCUCCUCUUUCUAGAUUUCUCGCCGCAACUUUUCUUUUGCACCCGGCAGGCAUAAAUGACAGGGCUAGGCUGCUCAUUAAGAUCAAAGUAGAAGCGAAACCUUUUACGUUCUCUUUACAUUUCCAAGGGUACGGCGGACCACGAAAUUUCGUCAGCUUAAGUAUAAAACAAUUUUAAACCAAAUGCAUAUAACGGGUUCUUCCUCGCCUAAAUCAAAUUCGUAUCUUAGUUCCACCUAAACGAAAAUAUAACCUAUUUAUUCAUUAUCAUACCUUGUUUUAUUAUAUAUCUAUUGUACUGAAAAUAAAUCUUUACAUUCAUCUGUUC